UUUCCUGUCAGUGAAAAUUUGAAAAAUUGAUAAAGAUACAGAUGCAGGCAGGGGCAGGUGUGUCGUCGAACACGAACACGGCCGUGUCGCACUUGUCAACUGUUAUGUCACCAUCCCCAUCCCCAUCUCCUAAUCAAUAAUCACUGUUGGUUUCGAUUUUCCUUCCUUCGCAACUCCGUGGUUUCCCCAGACAUUUCCAAUUGCGAUCGAUGCAAAAAUCUUCCCUCCGAUAGGAUCAAUAAUAUACAAUCUCAGAUCUGCUUUCCAUCUUUAAUCCAUACGUCUAGGCUCUAACAUCGUCAUUUCAAUGACUAUCGAUGCCCGUCGCUGCAACGAGAUUCCCGGCGCCGGCGGCGGAGUGAAAAUCUUUGGGUAGUUUUUCCGAUACGAUAGUUUCUGCUCUUCUUCGCGCUUUUAUUUCAUUUUAUUUAAUUUUUUCAAGAGAAGAUGAGUGUGGUGAAGUCUCAAGUAUGGCAACCUUGCAAGAAGAAGAGGCUAUAGGGAUUAGGGUUUUAGGAAUUUAGGGUUUGAGAAAAGGGGGGAAUCUUCUUAAAGAGCGACGGAAGGAGCGUCAAAAAGGAAGAUGGAUGGGAUUUGUAUUGGAGCAUCAAAUUAGCUAAAAGCAGAUCUAACAAGUAUCCGAGAUUGGGGAUUUCUUGGCUGAAUCAGUCAGAUACAAGGUUUUAUCCAAAAAUGGUGAUGUCAUCGAGAUCAGGCGGCAGUGGGAGCAGUGGCAGUCAUGGGAGGACUCGCGUGGGAAGGUAUGAACUCGGAAGGACGCUAGGGGAAGGAAGCUUUGCCAAAGUGAAAUUCGCCAGAAAUUUAGAGACAGAGGAGAAUGUGGCCAUCAAAAUUCUGGACAAAGAGAAACUUCUCAAGCACAAAAUGAUUAGCCAGAUCAAGCGUGAAAUUUCAACCAUGAAAUUGAUUAGACAUCCUAAUGUAAUUCGCAUGUUUGAGGUUAUGGCCAGCAAGACAAGGGUAUACAUUGUAAUGGAAUUUGUCACCGGCGGCGAGCUCUUCGACAAAAUUGCUGCUAAAGGGAGGCUGAAAGAAGACGAAGCAAGAAAAUAUUUUCAGCAGCUUAUCAACGCCGUCGAUUAUUGCCACAGCAGAGGUGUUUACCAUAGGGAUCUUAAGCCGGAGAAUUUGCUGCUCGACGCCAAUGGGGUUCUGAAAGUCUCGGAUUUUGGAUUGAGUGCCCUACCCCAGCAAGUUCGGGAUGAUGGAUUACUUCACACAACAUGCGGGACGCCAAAUUAUGUUGCUCCGGAGGUGAUCAACAAUAAGGGCUACGACGGAGCCAAGGCAGACCUCUGGUCUUGCGGGGUCAUUCUUUUUGUACUCAUGGCUGGAUUCUUGCCUUUCGAAGAAUCAAACCUUAUGGCAUUGUACAAAAAGAUAUUCAAGGCGGACUUCUCAUGCCCACAGUGGUUCUCCACGAGCGCGAAGAAAUUAAUCAAAAGGAUUCUGGAUCCGAAUCCUGCAACAAGGAUAACAAUUGCUGAGGUCCUCGAGAAUGACUGGUUCAAGAAAGGCUACAAGCCACCUGUUUUUGAACAGGAAGAAGUUGAUCUCGACGAUGUUAAUUCAAUCUUUAAUGAAUCAACGGAAUCUCCGAACCUUGUUGUGGAGAGGCGGGAAGAACGCCCCCCGGCAGUUCCUGCGACUAUGAAUGCCUUCGAGCUUAUAUCUAGAUCGCGAGGACUCAAUCUGAGCUCCCUAUUUGAGAAGCAAAUGGGGCUUGUCAAGCGAGAAACGAGGUUUACAUCUAAAUCUCCCGUCAACGAAAUUGUCUCAAAAAUCGAACAAGCUGCUGCGCCGAUGGGAUUUGAUGUGAAGAAGAACAACUACAAGAUGAAACUUCACGGGGAGAAAUCCGGGCGAAAGGGUAAUCUCGCGAUCACCACAGAGAUUUUCGAAGUGGCUCCUUCUUUGCAUAUGGUCGAGCUGCGCAAGGCUGCCGGAGACACCUUAGAAUUUCACAAGUUUUACAAGAAUCUUUCGACUGGGCUGAAGGAUAUCGUCUGGAAAACUGACGAUGAGGAGUAACAACGAGCCCGUCUCACAGAGUCUCGGUCCCUGUUUGUUUGGAUGCUUCAUUGUGAUUAUUAUUAUUAUCGUUUUAAGUAGUAGUUUGAAUCUGUGUCUUAUCUAUUGCCCAAAUUUCGAACUAGCGGGGACAAACAUUAGACACACAAACCCCUUGCUUGUAUUUUAAGAUCAUUGUGUGGGAAAUGAAACUAUUUAUGGACA